AUGUUGAACGGUGGUGGUGGUGAUGGAGGAGCUUCUGCUGUGGAUAUGGAAAUGUUGGUGUCGUCGUUGAACAGAAUGCAUGUUGAAACGAUAGGCAAGUUGCGAUAUUUGGAGAUGCGUCAGAAGCAGAUGGAAGAUACUUUGAGUAAAAUCCUUGACAAACUCGAUAAGUAA